UCUGGUUCCUGGUUCGUAUGGUCAAGUUACCAGGUAAACAUCCGGUAAAACAUGCCAGUUAGAUUUGUUGGGAGAAAAAGUUUUUUUCGAGGGAAUUCACUCUUUUGGUUUGCAGCAAAUUUAAGAAAUAAUGGUGUCGGAAGAGUUGUUGUUCGUACAAGAGAGGAGAAGGAAUUUCCAGAGAAAUGUUAUUACAUUUUAACCAAUGUCAAACCAGAUUUCUCCGAACCGAAUUUACUGAAAGGGGAAGUGUGGGGAGAAUGCAUAUUUAGAGGGAAACAAUGUGGAAUUCAAAAAGUGGAAAAACCACAUCAAAAAGACUGGAAACUUAUUCCAAAAGAGGAGGAAGCAGAAUUCUGUCAGAUAACAGAUGUAUUUGAAGAGACAAAAUAUGUACCUAAACUUAUACCAUUUCCUCCUUUGUUAGGAGUUAUUCUUCAGGCACGGAAUAACUUACCUCAAAAACCAUUGUUAAAAAUAGACUUACCGGAAGGUGCUGACGGAGUCAUGGGAGUGGAGGACGAAUUCGUACAAGAUGAGGGAGACAAUGUGAUAGGAAUCGUGUGAAUAAAACUUAUUUAGUCCCAGAAAAUUUAAUGUGUUUACUGUGUGGUAUAUAUGUUUUAAUGUUCUCUGAUCCUUUCAGGCUGAAAUACACUUUUUGCUACAAUGGCAUUAGGAAUCAGCCUAAAAUAACAUAUAUUCAUAUAUACAUGUAUAGAAGCAGUUAGGCCAUCAAAAUCAAGCAAUGAAUAUAGGAAUACUUUGUGUACAACAUGUCUAGUGUCAUACUAAUUCAUUAUUGCAUGCGAGUUUGUUUAAUGAUAUGAAUAAAAAAAAGUGCAGAAUAUA